UGGAUAGGCCGUAAAAACCACCCAACAAGGCGUUGUGGGGAAAUACCGAGCCGAACCGAACCUAAAUAAAGCUUAAGUUCAGCUUUAGAUUGAGAUAGAGGCUGAGAAAUGAGGGGAAGUCGACGGAAGUGGAAAUGAUUUCGCAUUUUAACGGUUUAAUUUGGUGUCUGACGUCGAUCGGAGCGUAAUGAGCAGAGUUAGAGAAAGAAGGAGCUGAGCAGCCUUUUUUCCUCUGCUGAUCAGACAACUUGGACCGGACUGAACUGCGCUGUGAUCCGGAGACAAACUAUGAAAAGGAAACUCUGAAGUGCCAGCGGCCGGGGCCUGGGGCUCUGAGGAGGCUUCAGAAGAUCCAUGCCUGACCCACAGCUGAGGACUGAGCAGGAUGACUCAGCACCAGGGGAAACCCCCAAAUAACAAGUGAAGAGACGUAAGGAUGGGGGCCAAUGGAUCCAGUUAUCCACACUCCUGCUCCCCACGUAUGGGGGGAAAUAUACAAACGCAGCAGACCUUUAUAGGCACAUCUUCGUACUCUCAACAGGGAUAUGGCUGGGAGUCGAAGUUAUACAGCCUGGAGCACGGCCACGAGCGACCAGCAGACAGGAAGAAGAAGAGCCUUGGGCUUGCAACGCUCAAACGCCGGUUCAUCAAAAGGAGAAAGUCCAACCGCUCCGCAGAUCACGCGCGGCAGAUGCGGGAGCUUUUGUCAGGGUGGGACGUACGCGACACAAAUGCCCUGGUGGAGGAGUACGAGGGAACAGCAGCCCUCAAGGAGCUGAGCUUCCAGGCCAGCCUGGCCCGUGCUGAGGCUCCCAGCUUGCAGCGGGAUCUGGCUGCUCUCUACCAGCACAAGUAUUGCACUGAUGUAGAUCUCAUCUUCCAAGGUACUUGCUUUCCAGCUCACCGGGCGAUCCUAGCUGCCCGGUGCCCCUUUUUCAAGGCUUUGCUUUCCUCCUCUCCUGGUUAUGGUGCAGAGGUUCUCAUGGACAUUGACACAGCUGGUAUUGAUGUGCCCAUGUUCUCUGCUCUGCUUCAUUACCUGUACACUGGGGAGUUUGGGGUGGGCAUAGCAGAGGAUACCAGGUUGCAGAACGUGGAUGUGCUUGUUCAGCUCAGCGAGGAGUUUGGUACACCCAACUCCCUGGAGGCAGACAUGAAGGGCUUGUGUGACUAUAUGUGCUACUACGACGCCCUGCUCAGCUUUUCCUCCGACUCCGAGAUGAUAGAGAGCUCUAAUGAGAGGGGGGCUGUGGCUGCAGUGCCAACAGGAAGCUCUGGAGGCAGCGGGGCACCAGGGACCCCGGACGAGGACCUCAGGGCUCACAAAGCCAUCCUCUCAGCACGCUCCCCUUUCUUUAGGAACCUUUUGCAGAGACGAAUUCGCACAGGAGAGGAGAUGACCGAACGCACAUUGCAGACGCCCACCAGAAUAGUGCUGGAUGAGUCCAUCAUCCCACGGAAAUACGUGCAGGUCAUUCUUCACUGCAUGUACACCGAUGUAGUCGACCUUGGCCUGGUGCUGCGAGGCAGCCCUUCAUCAUGCAGCCUCGGUGAGGUGCAGGCCCUUGUUUCAGGGUGCAGAGGGGCCAGCACACGCACAGAGGAGGCCAUGGAGCUCUACCACAUUGCACUGUUUUUGGAGUUCAGCAUGCUGGCUCAAGGAUGCGAGGACAUUGUUGUGGAAAGUUUGUCCCUGGACUCUCUCGUCCCCAUCCUGAAGUGGAGCUCCCAGCCAUACGGCUCCAAAUGGGUCCACAGGCAGGCCAUGCACUUCCUCUGUGAAGAGUUCAGUCAGGUCGUCACCUCUGACGUCCUUUAUGAGCUCAGCAAAGAACACCUCCUCAGCACUAUUCAAUCUGACUACCUGCAGGCGAGUGAACAGGACAUUCUGAAGUAUGUUGUAAAGUGGGGUGAGCAGCAGCUGAUUAAGAGGAUGGCAGACAGGGAGCCUAACCUGCUAAGCGGCACAGCCCACAGCGUCAAUAAAAGAGGGGUAAAAAGGCGAGACCUGGACGUGGAGGAGCUGAGAGAGAUCCUUUCUCCACUCCUGCCCUUCAUCCGAACCGAGCACAUCCUGCCUCCCAACAGCGACGUCCUCUCCGACGCCCUGAAGAGGGGUUUGAUCAGCACCCCUCCCUCAGACAUGUUGCCCACCGCUGAGGGCGGCAAGGCCAACGCCUGGCUACGGCAGAAGAAUGCAGGGAUCUAUGUGCGGCCUCGUCUCUUCUCUCCGUAUGUGGAGGAAGCCAAGUCUGUGCUCGAUGAAAUGAUGGUGGAGCAGACAGACCUGGUACGUUUGCGACUGGUGCGCAUGUCCAACGUCCCGGACACUCUCUACAUGGUCAACAAUGCAGUGCCUCAGUGCUGUCACAUGAUCAGCCACCAGCAAAUGGUAGGCAGCUCCAGCACGGCUCCCUCAGUCGUGGCCAAUGAAAUUCCAGUGCCUCCUCUGUCUGUGGUGAAGGAUAUGAUCCGCAGGCUGCAUGAGCUGAGGCACACAGAGCAGGUCCAGCGGGCCUACGCUCUUAACUGCGGAGAGGGAGCCACAGUCAGCUAUGAACUGCAGCUGAGGGUGCUGAGGGAGUUCGGCCUGGCAGAUGGAGCCACGGAGCUCCUGCAGAACCCCUCCAAGUUCUUCCCAGAUGAGCGGUUUGGAGACGAGAGUCCGAUUCUGGCCCUGCGUCAGGUGGGCCGCUGUCGCGUGAACAGCAGUCCGGCUAUGGACAGCAUGAUAACAGAGCUGGAAGGAGUCGCAGGCUUCCACCCUCCGCUACCUCCUCCACCUCCUCCCUAUCAUCCACCCGCCACGCCCAGUCACGCCCAGCUCAAAGGGGGCUGGCGACCUCGGGUGCCCAUGCCGACCCCCACCCGCUCCUUCUCCUAUCCCUGCAACCGAACCUUGAUCCAGCGCCAUACAGCUUCCAAGCAUGGCAGUUCAGAAUACUCCUCGGCACCCAGGUCCCAGCCCCCAGACUGCACCAACCCCCAGGCCCGACCUCUGCUGUCAGACCAGCAAGCUAUGGGUGUGGAGCCUAUGAUGAGGGAGUUUAUGCCGGAUAUCGCACUUGGUGUGUCUGUCAUGUCUUUGAGGGAGCAGCGCAUGGCAGACAUGGACAGGGAAGGCCCUCAUAGCCCCAUGGGCCCUUCAGGUCAUCAUGUACCCCAUGGACCCUGCGCUUCUGCACGACUCAGCCAUGGUUAUGGUCCUGGGCACGGUCAUUCUUGCAAGAGGCACGCUCCAGAACCCAAACUGGAGCCCCAAGCAGAGUUCCCUGACCUGUAUGACUUUUCCUGCAGACCUGCAACCCCAACCUCCUCUCAUCCUCUGCCCACUUUUGCAGGACCGGAUCUCUACAGCCACAGCUGCACGCAGUCAGGCUCCUAUCCUCCCCCUUAUGUUUCUGAUUGUCAGCCCCACAUCCACCUGCAGGGACGGACCGCUCCAGACCCACUACGACUGGAUGUCCUCGGUAAAAAAUCUCAGAGACACGAUUUAGUCCUUUCCAGUCCCUCUGGAGCCCUGCCUAGGACGGGACAGUUCCCAAAGGGGCGACCAAACGAGACGGACCUUACCCACGGUUUGGGCCAUUUACGCUCCCCCAGUGGAAACAUGGACAGCUAUGAAGAGAGGCACAUGGGACCCAGAGAUGCACCAGAAGAGAUGGUUCUAGGUGGAGACUCGUCAGGCCCAGGUCCCCUCCAGCAGUCUCACAGGAACAGUGUUGGCGAAGAACUCCUCAGAGACCGCAGGUCACCCAGCAAACCUGACUACCCCUAUAAGAAAUCUGCACUUUAACCCCAUUUCAGGAGCAGGGGAGGAGUUAUGAAAAGGGACAAAAGCGAUGAGUGGCUGUCCAUCAGAGGACAGCAGAGCACUAAAUGUAUGCUUGUGUGUGUGAGUAAAAGAGUCGGAGAAAAGG